AUGUCUAGGGAACAUGAUGCCGAUGAAUAUUAUACUUCAAAAAGCUCUCAUUGGAUAAAAGAUUCGAGAAAAGAUUCAUCACUAUUAACUACCUCACUUUUCUCUAUAUCACCAUCUGAAAUACCAUGGCCACCAGGAUCAGAAACCUGGGACAAUAAACCAAAACAGCAACGACAAACGUUCAAAUCUCAAUCACUGUCAUUAGCUGAGCGGUUAUCUGAAUCACAAAGUAUGAAUGCAACAGAUUACCGCACCAGUUAUAACUCAAAUUCAUCACAGUUUGAUGCACAAGCAACAACCACACAGUUAGUUCUUUCAGCGUCAACUGAAUUUGUUUUAGCUGAAUCAGGUUGUUCAGACACAACAGGAUUUAAUACCCACUGUGAUUCAGGAUCAUUACCAUAUGAAGCAGCAACAACUAAUUUUUCUCACUUUGGGCCACCCGGUUCUGAAAUCUGGGAAGAUCAACCAAAGGAACAACGAGGAGCGUUCAAACGUGCUUCACUUUCGGAAGCCCUUACACCAUCGUCAUCUGAAACUGCAACUGGUUUUUUUCAUGAUACAGUAUUACCAAUGACACUUACUAAGGUCAAUGAAACAUCACCAUGA